UUAUGGGAAAAAUAUUAAUUUAUAUGGGUAUUUUUGGAAAUACCCAACUGGCACAACAACAUGAGAUGGCACUCACGCACACGGAAAAGGACUGCAAGGCAGAGAGUGAAGCAAGAAAUGGCAUGGUGCUCGGCUGCGCACUACAGGGAGAGAUGCUGGGCAGAUCAAAACGCAGAGCUCGAAAACGUGAAACGCAGAGAAGAAACACUGGGCUGAGACGUGCGCACUAUAGGACGAAACGCGCAGCAGAAAUGGAGAAGUGGAACGCGAGCGGGCUGGAGCAAAACGCAUGCACUGCAGACGUGAAAUGCUGGGAGCUGGAACGCAAACCUGGGCUGACUCACGCAUGCUCAAAACGCAGGAAAUCGAGACGCGAAAUGCAGAACUGGGCUGGGCGAGACUCAAAACGCACGAAACGGAGAGGUGAAACGCGGAUCUGUGCUGAACACUGCAGGGACGCACUCACGCGGACAGAAACGCACGAAGAGGAGCUCAAAACGCAAAUGCAAACCUGUGCUGAGCUGAGGCAAAAUGCAGGAAAUGGAGAUGAAACGCGAACGAGCAGAACGCGAGCUGGGGCUGACUCAAAACGCACAGCAAGGAGAGCGAAACACAGUGGGCUGAGAGGCAAAAUGCAUAGUAUAAAAAGAAAUUUUUUUGCUCUUCUACGCUUGGAAGUCAAAAUUAAAAGCUGA